ACUUCAAGUCUUUGUCCAAUUGGAACUUGUCAGCAGCAAAAGAUUAUCACUUGUUCUCGGUAUAUAAAAUGCUAGUCCUUACAAGAGAUGAUUAUCAUGGCAUCAAGCAAGUACUGGCAGCGAAAAUCAAUUAUGAGGCGUUCUGGAAGUUGUGAGCAAAGAAGGGUAGAUAGAAAAAUAAACAGACUGAAAGCAGAGAUGGCAGGGAUUAGGAAGCAGCAACAAUGCAUCAGACAAGGGCAAAGGGAAACAAGAGAAAGAUUUGAAGAGAUAGAAUCAGAAUGUGAUCAGCUCAAAAAGGAGACUGAACUUGUAUCUCAGGCAAGCGACAACAUUCAACUUCGCCUCGAUAUCAUGCUCAAAAUCUUGAAAGCAAGACAAGAGAAUGACUUCGCUACAGCUGCUGAUCUUACUUGCUCUCUCAGGAAAAGUCUGCUUCCUUGAGGAUGAUAACUACGUAGACAAGUUGCUAUUGUGGUCUUCAAAGAUUGCCAUAUUAUACUUUCCGAAUAGAUGCUUGUUUUCGGAUAUGAAUUAAUUAUCCACCAUGUUUAUGGACAUAAGUUGCUUGUUCGAGGACUUUGUCGUUUAUACAAUCAACUAUGGUUCGAUUUAUUUAA